AUGUCCGAGACCACGAAACUUUUGACUAUGGAUUGGAAUAAUCAAGUCCUCAAGCUCCGGAUAAGCGGUACUUUGCAGAAUGAUGAUUGUUCAGACUCUGCGGCGGACUCCGGACUCGAGGUCCGGCGGCACAAGAACGUUUUCAGAGAUGGAACUACUAAAAUAGACUACGUCCUCGUCUACGAGGAGAGCGAGCAAACGAAACUUCAAGAGGGACGGAAGUACAGACGUGUUGAGGAAUGGCGGGAGUUUUUCCUACAGAAUCUUGCCAAAGCGGGGCUCGUCUUCGAAACUGAGACGGUUGUGGUCACCAGCGAGACGAAACAAUUACAAUUCGUGAAGCUUUCCGCGCCUUGGGGAGUACUCGUUGACUAUGCCGAAGCUCUGUGUUUCAGAGCUCCUCUGCAACUGCACUCCAACAAGAAGGAAACCUCUUGGACCGAGAAAGCCAUGCGAUGUCUCAGGGUUCCGAAUAUAUUCGAGCAAGACGUCCCAAAUUUGCCAGCAGAUUUCUACACCUGCCCGUUCAAAAAAGCCAAACUUGAAAGAUUUCUAGAUAGCGACAAUCACGAAGAAUACUUCACGACCACACAACGAAUACGGAUUGUGCAUGAGAUCCUCCAAAAAACGCAAUUCGGUCGACGACGGAAAGCUCAUAUCGGAAUUGAUCGUCUCCUCGAGGAAUCUGCCUUCUCCGCCGCUUAUCCACUGCAUGAGGGAGAGUACAGACCGCCAGACGAUCUCUUGCCCCGAGAGUACUCGAAGAGACAGAUUCUCUACGAGUAUUGGGUACGAUGGGGCCGUUGGUACAAUUUUCAGCCUUUAGACCAUAUCAGGGAAUACUUCGGGGAGAAAAUCGCCAUCUACUUCGCCUGGCUCGGCCUAUACACCGCUUGGUUGUUGCCUGCCGCAAUCGUAGGAAUCUUCGUAUUCAUUUACGGUAUCGUCAACGUAGCCAUCGACAAGCCUACGGCAGAACUUUGCAACAGUGGAACAAAGUACCGAAUGUGUCCACGCUGUGACGAACAUUACGGCUGUGAUUUUUGGUACCUUUCCGAGAUCUGCAUAUUCACCAAGCUGACGUAUCUAUUCGAUCAUCCGGGCACCGUUUUCUAUGCUUGCUUUCUAUCAUUCUGGGCGGUCACGUUUCUGGAAUAUUGGAAACGUAAGUGCGCCAGAUUAGCCCAUCAUUGGGACUGCAUGGACUACGAAGAAGAGGAAGAACAACCGAGACCUGAAUUCACGGCAAAAGCCUACUGCGAGGCCCGAAAUCCUGUGACCGGGUUGCGGGAGCCGUCGUUUCCGAACUGGAUCCGCACUCAACGUAUCGUGGCGGGAAUCGCCAUCCUCAUACUCAUGAUAUCUUUGGUGUUGGUUUUCAUGGUAUCUGUGAUAGUUUACCGGGUACUCAUAUCAAUUCCGUUGUUCAGAGACAAACAGCUGAAAGGCUUCGCCUCAGUGAUCGCGUCUUCCUCCGGUGCCUUCGUUAAUCUGAUUUUCAUCAUGAUCCUGGAAAGGAUUUACAGGAAGCUCGCUUACAAACUCACUCAAUGGGAGAUGCAUCGAACUCAGACAGAAUUUGACAACAAUCUCACCUUCAAGGUGUUCAUGUUCCAAUUCGUGAACUAUUAUUCAUCUAUAUUUUACAUAGCGUUCUUCAAAGGUCGUUUCGUUGGCUAUCCCGGACACUACGCGCAUCUACUUGGCUUGCGAAACGAAGAGUGUUCUGGCAGUGACUGCCUAUCAGAAUUAGCUCAACAAUUAGCUAUCAUAAUGAUCGGCAAGCAGACGAUCAACAACGCACAAGAAAUACUCGUACCAAAGUUGCAAAACUGGUGGAACAGAAAGAAGAAUCGAUUUGAGGAGAAUGGGAAGCUCACGCAGUGGGAGCAGGACUACACCCUGUCAGAAAACGAAGGAUUAUUCCAAGAGUAUCUAGAGAUGGUUCUGCAGUUCGGAUUCAUCACAAUUUUCGUUGCCGCAUUCCCGCUUGCCCCUCUCUUCGCUCUCUUGAACAACUGGAUCGAAGUUCGAUUGGACGCUCAUAAAUUCGUCUGUGAAACGAGAAGGAGUGUGCCCGAGCGAGCUCAAAACAUUGGAAUUUGGUUCUCCAUCUUGGAAUUGCUCUCGAGGAUCGCUGUUAUCAGCAAUGCGUUCCUGAUCGCUUUCACGUCUGAUUUCCUCCCACGAACUCUUUACCGCUACAAGUUCAACAGGAGUCUCGAAGGCUAUUUGAAUUUCACCCUAGCCGUCGCUCCGCCAGGAUCGGUUUCGCAAAGCUGCAGAUAUCGGGAUUUCCGAGAUCCUGAGGGGAAUCGAACAAUGUUCUACUGGGAACUCCUGGCGGCGCGUUUUGCGUUCGUUCUCGUGUUCGAGCACGUCGUGUUCAUGGUGUGCCGCCUAAUAGAUAUCGUGGUUCCCGACGUGCCGCAGGAGCUUCUCAUCAAAGUUAAGCGAGAGCGCUACCUGGCUAAGCAGGCCCUCACCGAUUCUGAUCACAUACUCAAGAUCGUUCGUAGUGACGUCAUGGGUGAAGACGAGGACGAAGCAGCGACGAAGGACGCCACCUACAUAAACGAAACCAGUUUAGAUCCUGAAUGAGAGAACGUGUGCUUGAUGUGAUAGGGAGAACCCCCUUGAUAGAGCCAUAUCCCGCGGUUUAUUUAGGGUAUAUCUCGUGAGGGCAGUCGUCGUCCAUGUUCCAACGGCUGUGCUUUUCACACCUGUAGAAUCGAGUUCUCAGGAAGCAGGGUUUCCCCGCCCGACAGCGGGAAUCCUGUCUUUUGGCUCGCACGCGAAUCUGUGGACGGGUCCCAGAGAGCUUACCGAAUACAAAGCGCACGAAUCUCAAGAGCAAGAUCGUUCUCGUAACGGAUCAAAUCUCCGUUGAGCAAAAUCCUCGAUGGUCAUGCCUCUGAACGGUUCGAAGCUUCUAGCUUGCCUACCUUCGUGAUUCAACUUUCCCAAAGUGUCCACAAUUUACUCCGCUUCCAUGAAAACAAUCAAUGCACCAUCUCAACUUCCUGAUAUCACCCACCUGCACAGCUUGCAUCAUAUCGAUGCUUAUACACGAGCAGAAUGUCUCUAUUAGUUAUAUGGAACCCCCCCCUCGUUUGUACAUAUUAUGCACUUGGUUCGUGCAUCGGAUAUAUUGUUGUGAAUGACAUUAGAAAACCAUGUCGAUCGCUCCACGAGUAUUUGUG